AUGAGCUCUGACAUGAACGAGUUAGAUGAGGAAUCAUUCAUUCCGUCUUCAUUACUGGACUCGGACGACGAAGCCGAUGAGCUGCCUCAGGACUGGUCGCACAUAGCAAAGCUCAGCAAAGGCCAGGUCGUGGUCCCCAAGAGAGGCGAAAAGGACUACGAGCCUGAUGGCACCAAUGCACAGGAACUGCUCUUGCACAAGGCCAAAACCGUUAUGUUUGACUCACUUUCGGAUGCUUCUCGUGGGUCGGUGGUGAAGAAUUUGAUUAAGGCCUACUACGUUCCAGACCUGCAUAAAGCAUGUGUGCCUCAUCCCAAGGGUAGCUUUAUGCACACCAUGGGAAAGGUUGAUAGAGACGGUGCGUGUUGGCUUUCUUUUUUCGAGUUUGUUUACCUCGCUGAGAGAGGAACCAUAGCGCCAUACUACAAACGCAAAGAGAGUGAGGACCAUGCGCUUGAUCCUUUUCUAGGGAUCCAAGACCUGUACAUGCUUUUCAAAUCACAAAAGGAGUCCGAUGAAUUCGCAGUGUACGCACAUCUGAAGCGGCUCGGAUUCAUUGUUAUGCAAAGUUUGCAGAACUCUGCGGAAGUAGGUUCUGUUGGGCAAUUCGAAGAUAGCGCAGUUCAAAAACUUCGGCUGAAGUUUUGCCAAACAUUUGAAUCUCUCUCAAAAUCGAUCUCAAAUCCUUUCACUCUACCAUUUUACCAUCCUCUCCAAUAUCACCUUACGCGAUACUGUACGUCGGCUCAGAUUUAUGAAUCACUAAACAAGCUAAUUCCGUACGCUGCUGCCCCAAAAACUCUAGGAGAGCUCCAAAAAGACUUGCGCAUGGAGAAUGUAUCUGCAGGGAUAUGGAAGUUUUCCUUUGAUGUGUGGAAGCCUCAAAGUAACUUCAGAAAAAAAACACCUGGCCUGCCGGACUUCCAAGUUGUUGUUUUUAAUAAGAAUUCACACAAAGAAAACUUCCCAACAUACCAUGAAAUGAGAGGUCUACUAAAGAUGCUUAAUUGUAAAAUGGACUUUUUGAAUGCACCAGCAAACGAGCAGGCAAAGUCAGCCGAGACUGAAGCAAACAAAGGGGCAACGAAAAAAAAGUCGAAGGCUAAUAAAAAGUAUCCACCGCAUAUUGAGCAACAGAGGAGAAUAAAAAGAGGCUACAGGAGUUUUGUUUUGGCCACAAUGGAUGACGGCCUGGUCAGCUUCAUAAGAAUAACAGAAACUGACUUUGGCUCCGAAAACGUUUGGUUUAAACCCAAUAAUGUUCCAUUGAGAAAGGAGAAAAGCGGGCCAAAAGCAAGUAAACACAGUGAAGAGGCAAAAGCAUCAAAAUAG